AUGUGAGAAGGGGUGCUAGGAAGGCAGAUGGCGGCAAGGAACAGCCUUAGCCCCAUGCCCCUGGGCACGGCUCAGGGUGACCCCGGAGAGGCGGGAACGCUGCCAGGCCCUGAUGCCGGCCUCCGGGACACAGGUGCGGCCACUCAGCUCAAGAUGAAGCCCAGGAAGGUGCACAAAAUCAAGGCGAUCAUCAUCGACCUGGGCUCCCAGUACUGCAAGUGCGGCUAUGCGGGAGAGCCGAGGCCCACCUACUUCAUCUCCUCCACCGUGGGCAAACGCUGCCCCGAGGCGGCCGACGCCGGUGACACCCGCAAGGAGACCUUGGUGGGCCAUGAGCUGCUGAGCACAGAGGUGCCUCUCGAGCUGGUGAACCCGCUGAAGCACGGCGUCGUGGUGGACUGGGACUGCGUGCAGGACAUCUGGGAGUACAUCUUCCACACGGCCAUGAAGAUUGUCCCCGAGGAGCACGCCGUGCUGGUCUCGGACCCUCCGCUCAGCCCCAGCAGCAACCGGGAGAAGUACGCUGAGCUCAUGUUCGAGGCCUUCGGCAUCCCCGCCAUGCACGUGACGUCCCAGUCGCUGCUGUCCAUCUACUCGUACGGCAAGACCUCGGGGCUCGUGGUGGAGAGCGGUCACGGCGUCUCGCACGUGGUGCCCAUCUCCGAGGGCGACGUGCUGCCGGGCCUGACCAGCCGCGCCGACUACGCUGGGGGUGACCUCACCAACUACCUGAUGCAGCUGCUCAAUGAGGCGGGCCACGCAUUCACGGACGACCACCUGCACAUCAUAGAGCACAUCAAAAAGAAGUGCUGCUUUGCUGCCUUGCUUCCUGAGGAGGAGCUCGCACUGCUCCCGGAGGAGCUGCGCGUGGACUACGAGCUCCCAGACGGCAAGCUCAUCACCAUCCGCCAGGAGCGUUUCCGCUGCUCCGAGAUGCUAUUCAAGCCCUCCCUGGUGGGCAGCACCCAGCCUGGCCUCCCGGAGCUCACGGCCGCCUGCCUGGGCCGCUGCCAGGACACGGGCUUCAAGGAGGCGAUGGUCGCCAAUGUGCUGCUGUGUGGCGGCUGCACCAUGCUGGAUGGCUUCCCCGAGCGCUUCCAGCGGGAGCUGAGCCUCCUCUGCCCUGGGGAAAGCCCUGCGGUGGCUGCCAGUCCCCAGAGGAAGAUCUCUGUGUGGACCGGCGGCUCCAUCCUGGCCUCCCUGCAGGCCUUCCAACAGCUCUGGGUCAGCAAGGAAGAGUUUCAGGAGCGGGGCAGCAUGGCCAUCUACAGCAAGUGCUGAGCCUCCGCCUCACCACAGACAAGGCCUGUGGCACAGGGGGGGCCACAGGCAGCUCUAUACACAUUUACAGAAUUUCACAUAAAGCUUUACUCUGCAAUGG